AGUUCACGCCAGCAAAUGCAUUGGAGUUCGGUCUCCUUCCCUUCAGUCUUCCUGGACGGGACCAUCAAAUUAAACAUGGCGCCUGCUAGGUUAUUGUCGUGAGUGAUCAUUUAUUUUCCUGGUGUUAAUGUGAAAAUUUCACAGGUUUUCCGGGUCGAUGCGGAGCGCGGCGCGUACGGGAAGGCGUCCCGGCCUCGUUCGCCCCGGUUUAAACGUAACUCUGUAAUCAGAAGGCCAAUAAAACAUAUAAAUUAAAUUGCAUAAACAGUGGGUUGUGGGUAUACACACCCUGACGCGAGAUCCCUUAAGUAUAUCCUCAGCUUUAUGGGUUUCUCCUAUAUUUGUGACGUAGUUAUUAGUUUCAUAUUGACUGUUGUUCACCCUCGCAAACAAAUACUCUGGGUGAUUGGUGAUAAUUGUAUAUUAAAACCCAAAAAUGCCGAGGUUUGGUACAGUGUUUUCUUCAGUGCGAUAAGAGCCACCAUCGGCUGCUCGAAGAUCACUUUGGAUAACAGCGGAAAGGCUUGGGCCUUAUGCCGCCGGCCGGGCUAUCGGCACGAGGUUUGUCUACUUUGAUGGACCACGGACAUCCGGACGCUCGUCGUCAGAGCGAGCGAUUUUUACAUUAUCCGGAGAAUGGCUCCACACGCUACCAGACUCAAAGCAAUACCAAUUCACCCAGAUAUCAGCCGAGCAACAGAGGCACCCACCAUUGGACUAGCCACGGAUAUUCAGAGGCACGUGCUUCGAACAAUAACAUGUCGGACAGCAGCGUUUCUGACACACACAGUGGUGGCACGGCUAAAACCGUAUCCCAACAAACCAGCCCAUCUCAUGGAACGUAUUCCUCGUCACAAUCGCAAAAUGACAAUAGCUCCAUUAUUUUCACCGCUCUAUUUGAUUACGUUGCUCAGGGUGAAGAUGAGCUAACGCUGCAAAGGGGUGAAACUGUUGAGGUUCUGUCGAAAGAUUCAAAAAUUUCCGGAGAUGAGGGAUGGUGGACGGGUAAAAUUCAUGGAAAGGUCGGAAUAUUUCCUGCCAACUUUGUCGCUAAAGCUGAUAGUAUCAACAAGUUAUCUUCAGUUAUUGACAAAGUUCAACCAGUAGAAAUUGAUUUUGAUGAAUUACAAUUAGAGGAGGUCAUCGGUGUUGGAGGUUUUGGAAAAGUCUACAGGGGCUAUUGGCAAAAGCAUGAAGUAGCUGUUAAAGCAGCUCGCCAAGAUCCUGACGAAGAGCCUAGCGUAACGUUAGAAAAUGUACUACAGGAGGCAAAGUUAUUUUGGCUUCUAAAGCAUGAAAAUAUAGUCUCGAUCGAAGGAGUUUGCUUAAAAAUGCCAAACAUGUGUUUGGUGAUGGAAUAUGCAAGGGGCGGUAGUCUUAAUAGGGUUCUUAGCGGUAGAAAAAUUCGACCUGACGUUUUGGUAGAUUGGGCUAUACAAAUUGCUCGUGGAAUGGAUUACCUACAUAACAAAGCUCCAAUCAGCUUAAUUCACAGAGACUUAAAAAGUUCAAAUGUACUAUUGAGCGAGCCGAUAGAAAAUGAUGAUCUUCAGUACAAAACACUGAAGAUUACUGACUUUGGGUUGGCACGAGAAGUCUAUAAGACUACACGCAUGUCAGCAGCUGGUACUUAUGCCUGGAUGGCACCAGAAGUUAUCAGAAAGAGCAUUUUCAACAAGGCAAGCGAUGUGUGGAGCUAUGGUGUUUUGUUGUGGGAGCUUCUUACUGGAGAAAUACCCUAUAAAGGCAUUGAUGCUUUAGCAAUUGCUUAUGGUGUUGCUAUUAAUAAGUUGACCUUGCCUAUUGCUUCAACAUGUCCACAAUCCUGGCGAUAUCUUAUGGAAGCGUGCUGGGCGGCUGAUAGUCACGCAAGGCCUGGCUUUGCGGAGAUUUUAGAAGCUCUAGAUGACGUGCGCAGUGCAUUCGCAGAAACACCACACGAGUCUUUUCAUACAAUGCAAGAGAACUGGCGGGUUGAAAUAGAGGAGGUGCUUCAUGGCCUGCGCAUGAAGGAAAAGGCAUGUCGAUCUUUAGAGGAGGAAUUGCGCUGUAGAGAAGAAGAAUUAACGAAAGCACAAGUGCAACAAAAACAGCACGAGGAGAAUUUACGACAGAGAGAACAGGAAUUGGCAGCUCGUGAGAUAGACCUACUGGAACGUGAAUUGAUUGUUAUGAUCUACCAGCAACAAAAUACACCCACGCCAAACAAAAGGCUCGGUAAAUUUAAAAAAUCGAGACUAAAGUUGUCUAAGAAGGAACCUGGUAGUAACAUCAGUUUCCCUUCGGAUUUUCGACAUACAAUCACCGUUCAGCACACGGCAUUAGAUCGAGGUAAAAACCGUAACCCUUCAAGACCUAACAGUCCACCUGGAUCACCAAGUAUUCCGAGACUUAGAGCGAUUGCCUUACCAGCAGACGGUAUCAAAGGCAAAACUUGGGGCCCGUCCACAUUGCACCAGCGUGAGCGUGGAGCGAUAAUAACGCAGCCCCCAAAUCCUGCUUCACCUGAUAACAAACGAUGGUCUCGGUCUGCACCCGAUCUUGAAAAAACUCCACUUCGUACAGCUCUGUUGGCAAGUACGCAGCUGUCGCCUCUUCUUCAAGAAAUAGACUACUCAGCAUUGCCGCCAGACCUUCCUACUGAUUGGAUGACUUCGGAUUAUCCUAUCAAACCUGGCCUUACUGGGCCCUACAUUAUGCCCAUGCCAGUUCCCAUGCCUACACUGUACAACGGGGAAGUCAAAAAACCCAAACUAAGUAUAAUCGAACUGGUUCUGUACAACAUCGCUGCUAUGUUAGCUGGUGUGGCAACGGGAUAUGAUGUUCGAAUGUCGAAUGUGUCUCCGAUUCAUCCAAGGCUGCAGCCAAAGCCAAGUAACUGCGAAGACGACCAAUCCAGAUGGUGGUUUCAAGCUGAGACUGGUUCCAACAGGAAUUCUGCUUACUUAGGUCCAGAUUAUGAAUUCAGCUCAACCAGUGGCUAUCCCCAUAAUACAUACCACGGACCGGCAAGACACUACAGGCCGUUUCUAAGCAACAUGGGAGGUAUACCACCUGGUCUCCCAUCAAAUGUAAUGCCAGACAAACCAUUACGGUUCACGGACUCACCUCAACAUUAUGUAACAGUGGCCAAUUCCAAUGCGCCAACACCUAGUCCACGUAGAAAAAGCUCUAGUACAAGCAACGAUGAUACUUACUCACCUGAUAUUGGAAGAAUCGACAGGAUUGAUCGAAUCGACCGUGUGCCAACAAUAUUCAUGGGGAACAUUGCAGCAAUACCAGAUUAUGGACCACCUGUCUAUGCAGUUGUUCCAACAGAAUACUAUAGACCUCCCGAGUCUACAUACUUUGUGCCCUCAGAUUAUCACGACAGAAUGCUGGAAUGUCCAGAAUUCCCACACGCGUAUGAUAAUCCGAGCAGCAUAAAUAGUCCUGCACGUCCUAUGCCAAGACUUCCACCUUAUACUCAUCACCGGACUUCAUCAAAUGUUUCAAAUGCAAGUACGUCAAGCCAAAGUAAUGUUAAUCCAACGUUUCGACUUGAAGAUGAAGCUGAUUAUUCAAUGUAUUCACCAAGCCAUUAUUAUCAACGAUCCUCAAACGCUAUAUCCAGUGUUUCUAGCUAUAAUUCGAAUAUUUUAAAUCAUGACUACAAUUCUCUGUACUUGACACGACAAAAUUCACAUGAAUCAAACCCAAAUUCAAGUGAGAGGCCAAGUAACUUGGAGGUCGUCACGAGGCUUCGAUCGAGUCUGAAAAGAUCGAACUACUCUUAUAACUCACCGAAUAAGACUCCAAGUAAAAAUAAUUCAGGCUCUGGUACGCCAACUAAUCCUACGCCACCAGAUUCUCUAACUUCUGAAGAUUCAAGUUAUGUUUCAGCAAAAGAUAGCCAAAUUUCAAUUAGUAGAGUCAGAUUCUCACCAGUCACAUUUGAGAGAGAUAAUGCUACUCGAGAUCAUCGAGAAACGCUCUUAGAUAUACCAGUUCAUGGGCAAACCCAAGAUAUCACGGUUCCAUUGCAAGCCAAUCAAAGGCUUAGUAGAAACCGAAAACCAAGCAUUUCAGAAUUAGAAAGAGAAUUUUUAUCAUAGCAUUGGCUUAUUUAAGGCGAAAGAUGAAAAUAUCAAAGAGAACACUGCUGUGGAUUAUCUGAAAUUGGUGACCCUCGGAUCGUUUGUUAAAUUGAAAAGGCUCGAGCCAAAUACAACAAUGCGGCUUUGUCAUACUUCGAUCUCUUGGCCUUCAAUUUACGUAUAAUUGAUAUAUUUGUGGACCAGUAACUUGUAUAUCAACUAUAAGGAAAAUAAUGGGUUGAACUAGAUUGUUAAUAAGAAACAAUGAUGCUCGUAUAAAUUACAGUUUGAUAUUUUCAAAUUAUGGAGUCGUGAUAUGACCAAAAAUACAUCGUAUAAUCAUUGAAGUAAUUAUAAGCUGGAACCUGCAUUAAACACUGCCCUUUGUAAGCGAAUAUUGGUGAAAAACUUUGUUGUACAGUGUCUUUCUAUCAUAAAGAAUUCAUUCCAAAUAUGUGCAAGGCAAUACUUGCUUGGUGUUCAAUAUUGAGGUUGAUCAAUACUGAGAAGCACAACAUUCCAUUGCAUGAUUAGAAAUAGAGGUCAUGUUAUAGUCCUACCUUUACUGAUCAAGUCAUUUUAUUCGGAUUUUCCGUUUAUUCAAUUGACAAAUGAAUAGUGCAUUUGCAUUUUGAAAGCAAAAUUUGAGAAAGUCAUUGAUAUUUUGAUAACUUGCAGUCAGUCCUGUUCAUUCAUUGAUUGCAUAAGCAAAAAGUAACAAUGAGAUGAUUUGAUCGGUGAAGCUAGGGCUGCCUUAUGGCCUAUGUAAGUAUUUCAUUGGCAGUUAGUACGGAAAAUAGACAAUAGUAAGCUCAAAGUUUUUUAUAUGUAUUGAACGCGGUGAGAACCAAAGUCAUUUGUCAAAUACUAUUGAUUCAAUAUUGUAAAAAUAUUUAUACGAACAGUGAUAGAAAUAUCACAGUUUUAUCAGGGUCAAUGUGCUUUUGUUCUUUCAUCUUUAGGCUGCUUUAUUCCGUGUUUCCCAUAAUUGUUUAUUACUGCACCUCCCGGUUUUACUGUCACAAAUAUCAAUGCUUUUGAAAACUAAAGACCAGAAGGGCACGACAUUCAAAUAGCAUUGGAUGCUGCUAUAAUGAGGGCGCAUCCCCGAUUUCAACAUGUAAAUCCCAUAAGGCAAGGCCUUGACAUAACAGGGUAAACCACAAUUGUUUCAA